GUUCCAGCACAGUCCUGAAGUCGUUGUACGCGAAAGCUGAACGUCCCUCGUUGUUUCUUUUUGUUUAUAAAUAAAGUGGAAUAGUAGUAUUUGGUUCGGUAGGUGGUCGUUUUAUGUAGGACUCAAACGCCCCGUUUUUACUGUUUCCUGUCUGUGCUUGAAUGCGUUAUUCCCAUUCGCCUUAGCUGGCUAGCUAACGAACCAGCUAACAGCUAGUUAAGGUUGUUUUGAUUGUUAAUGUGAACAUUGACGUUACGUCGGCGGUGUCUGGAGUCGGCUUCCAGUGCUAAUAGCAUACACUGAAAGGCUUGCUGGACAUAUUCCACUCGGAUCAGGAAAUUAUUUCAUGUGUUAGACGUUACAGAGGACAGAGUUGAUGUAAAUUGUGGGUCGUGCACCCGCUAGCUGGUUAGUGCACGUUAACCGCGGUCGCCUGCCUUUAGCUAGCAGUUGCCACUGUUGGGGACCGUUUGGUUUGUCCCUUGCCCCGAACAGUGGACGUCUGACGAGCUUAAAAAGCUCUCUGUGAUCCGGAUCCAAUGCGUGGGAUGAUGGGGACCCAGAGUAGUCCUGUCAAGAGUUACGAUUAUCUCCUGAAAUUCCUUCUUGUGGGAGACAGCGACGUUGGGAAGGGAGAAAUCUUGGACAGUUUGCAAGACGGAUCAGUCGAGUCUCCCUACGCCUACAGCAGUGGUAUUGAUUACAAGACCACCACAAUCCUGCUGGAUGGGAGAAGAGUGAAAUUAGAGCUAUGGGACACAUCAGGACAAGGCAGAUUCUGCACCAUCUUCAGGUCAUACUCUCGUGGAGCACAGGGCAUCCUGCUUGUGUAUGACAUCACUAAUGGCUGGUCGUUUGAUGGCAUUGACCGCUGGAUCCGGGAAAUUGACGAGCAUGCCCCAGGUGUACCCAGGAUCCUGGUGGGCAACCGGCUUCACCUGGCUUUCAAGCGGCAGGUGCCAACGGAGCAGGCAAGGGCUUAUGCAGAAAAGAACAGCAUGACUUUCUUUGAGGUCAGUCCGCUGUGCAACUUCAACGUCAUUGAGUCCUUCACAGAACUUUCACGCAUUGUGCUGAUGAGGCACGGGAUGGAGAAAUUCUGGAGGCCCAACAGAGUCUUCAGCCUCCAAGAUCUGUGCUGCCGUUCCAUCGUCUCCUGCACACCGGUGCACCUCAUUGACAAACUGCCCCUCCCUGUGGCCAUCAAGUCCCACCUCAAGUCUUUCUCUAUGGCCAACGGCAUGAACGCGGUCAUGAUGCACGGACGCUCUUACUCAGUGGCCAACAGCGCAGCCUCAGGCGGAAGCGGCAGCGGAAGCAAAGCCAACAGUCUCAAGCGCUCAAAGUCCUUCAGGCCUCCGCAGAGUCCACCAAAGGACUCGACGUCCUCUAAGGGGAACUGUAAGAUUUCAUAGUGAAGGAGCGUACUGAUGGCUGCCUCCAUAGGGCCAGUAUAAAAUGUGUUGUUGCUGCUCCAGGAGGUCACGUGGGGCACAGAAAAGCAUGGAGAGCGACCAGCAAUCUUCACCAGAGACAGAUACAGCUGUGAACUUACAUUGACCUUUGGGAACCGUCUUGGAUGGUCGGUUUGGUUUCUGUUCUCUUUGCGCUUGCUGGUGCCAUCUUGUGGAUGUCCGUUUACCCGUACUCUUUACGACAGAGGCUCACUGUGAUCAAGCAGAACAAGAUUUCCCUGGGACCAACAGAUGUGAUUCAAGGAUAAUCACUCUCCUGUUAACACUACAAUGAGUGGAGGGACAUGAGCUAUCUUUUAUUUGGAAAAGGAGUGUUGAUUGUAUUUAAAGUUGGACUUGUAAAUAUGCUGUUUGUGCUAGUUGUUUUGGUCUGUGUUUGGUGAUUGAUCCCGGAGGUGCUUGUUUUAUCUUGAAUGUUUUGGGAGACCUGCUUCAUUGUACAACUUCUGUGUGUGUGUGUGUGUGUGUGUGUGUGUGUGUGUGUGUGUGUGUGUGUGUGUGUGUGUGUGUGUGUGUGUGUGUGUGUGUGUGUCUUUGGCCUUCAUCUGCCGUAUAAAAAUUCCCUUUGCGACCUCAAGGGUGCUGAGCCGCUUAUUUAAAACUCAGGCCUGCUCAGUUUUAAAUAAGACCGGCUUCAACUGAAUGUUUGAGAAGAGCAGGGCUAGUUUCCCAGACAGAUUAGUACUAGACUUAAGAAAAAUUCAGACGAGUUAUCCAUCGAAAGACCCUCUUAGUCUAGCACUGCUUAAUCUGUUAAACUGUCCAGCAAAGUUGAGCCAAGUUGUCUCGUUUUGAAGACUUCCUGCGGUGGCCCUAAAUUCCAGCACAAAUGAAUUCACCCUCCUUCAGUCCAUGGUUUGAACAUCUGUUGACUUUCUCAGGCCAUUUUUUUGUAUCACUGCUUUACCUGGUUUAAACCGCCAACAGCAUGAUCACUUUCUAAUUAAGUCUCGGUGCAAUUCAGAGCUCGCUUGGUGCUGAUGAGGAAACCCGGUACAAACUCAGAUGUACACAUUGUUUGCUCAAGCCAUGGCGGCUUGCCUUCACAGAGCGCUGCAAUCGUGUCUCGGGUCUGAACAGGAACUUGUGAACUCAGUGGACAUUGGUGAGAGGCUUGUUUUAAUUUGAUUGCUUUUCGGAUAUUUUAUGUAAAUGAUAUGUAUUUAUGAAUGUAAAACAAUAAUCAUCAGCAACUUUUUUGUGGCCAUGUGGUAAUAUGUGGGACUGUAAGAAUCAGAGGUGGAAAGUCAUUUGUCUCCUUUAAUAUCUUUUAUUGGCUGUUGCUCUUCCUCUGAGUAUUUGUAGUCUUCCUGCUUGAGUUCAUUCUUCUUUUCCAGCGCUCUAAUGAAAGCGUGUAUGAUAUGAGGGGCUCGGCUGGUGUUGGGGGUAACGACGCGAGAAUGUCAGAUGAACUUGAAGACUUCAGAAGGAGCACAGAAAGUGUUUCUUUUAAUAACUCAAUACUCUACACAAAAACUUUUACCCUGAUAGAAAUUCUCUCUUUUCUUUCCACCUCUGAUUGACAAUAAUUAACAAGUGUUUCCACUUGAACGUUCCCAGUGGCUGUACGUCUGUGACGGGGUCAUCCAGGGCAUAAAAAAAAUUGGUGCAUGUUUUGUACUGGCGCCUCUUUUCUGUGGUGUGCGUUGAGAGCAGCACAAUAGGCGAGCAGAACUCUUGAGUGAACAGUUGAAGCACGAUGUAAACGCUUCAUACUGAUCGCUGCUCUCACAGCUGCGUGUCUAAGGGUUUGGAUGCGGGAUUCAUCAUGAUUUGUCUCAUUGAAAGCAGUCACGCAUCGAAAUAAAGGCUAAAACUACUUGUG